CAACAAGUUUGACAGCUCAGCCUUUUAGUACCGAGCAGCAGUGGUAACGACAGAAAAAUUGCACUUUCUUCCACUGAAGACGGGUUUUGUCUUAUUUUUUGUCGCCAUGUGUGCGUCCGGCGUUUCCUGUGGGCUAUGAGGGGUUUUAUACAUCCGUAGGCUUUGGUCACUUCUCUCCCCCCUGGGAUUCCUUCUUUCCUUUUUUUUUGGCUCGAGUUGGUGUAGCGUCUGAGAAAUAAAUUCGAGGAAAACCUCUGCUUUUUACGUUUAUCCGGGCGUCGAGAGGAGGAUAAAGAUGUCGAACAAGGUGGAUGAGGCGAACAAGCUCGCCGAAAGUACAUACAAGAAUGUGAUGGAGCAGUUCAACCCAGGCCUUAGGAACCUGGUGAACCUAGGAAAGAGCUAUGAGAAGUCUGUUCAUGCUAUGUCCAUGGCAGGAAAGAUGUAUUUUGAUGCACUGUCUAAGAUUGGAGAGAAUGCUGCUGGAUCUCCUGUCUCCAAAGAGUUGGGUGCAGUGCUGGUAGAAAUCUCCGAGGUGCACAGGAAGGCUCAGCUUGAGAUGGAGGAAAAUUUUAAGAGGUUCCACAGGGAGAUAAUAACAGAGCUGGAGAGAAAGACUGACAUGGAUGUCAAAUACAUGACAGCCACUUUCAAAAGGUACCAGAUGGAGCACAAGAUGAAGCAGGAUUCUCUGGAGAAGUCCCAGGCGGACCUGAAAAAGCUGAGGAGGAAGAGCCAAGGCAAGAACGCCAACAAAUACGAAAGCAAGGAAAGCGAGAUCCUGGAAGCCCUGACAGUUCGACAGACGGAGAUGCAGUUGUUCCUCGCAGAUGGCUGCAAGGAGGCUCUGCUGGAGGAGAAGAGACGCUUCUGUUUUCUUGUUGACAAACACUGCUUGCUAACCUAUCAGUUUGCUUCCUAUCAUGACAAGACCAGAGACUUGCUGUCAACAAAGCUGAGCAGCUGGCAGGACCAGUGCAACGAUGCCACCAACAUGCCAGACAGCGUCUUAUCCAUGAUUGAUGAACUGCGCAAGCCAGUCGCCAUUGCACCGAUGCCUUCUCCCACCCCAUCAAGACACAGCGAGAGUGCGCCCGUUCCCCCGGCUCCUCCUCUGAAGGCUCAGACCAGCCCUCUGGCUAAUAUGUUCAACCACCAAGACAGCAACACAAGACAGCCUGUUCAUACGCCAACCAAAAACAGCAUAGACCAUGAAAACGGCGACGAGAACAAUCUUGCCAGGUCUGUGUCCGUCGCCACAGGCCUCAACAGCAUGGCGAGGAGGCCUCGGGUGCGCACCAUCUUCCCCCACACUGCUGGCAACAACAGCACGCUGCUCAGCUUUGAUGAGGGAGACAUCAUUAUCCUGCUCAUCCCUGACGAGAGGGACGGUUGGAUGUACGGCGAAAUGGAAAAGAAUGGAAAGAGGGGCUGGUUCCCUUCAUCUUACUGCCGCGCUGUCAAUGAGCAGCUCGUGAAUAACAACAGUGAGACUACGGCCCCUCUCCGCAGCAGGAGCGUGGUCAACCUCCACCAUCAAGAUACGGAGACAGACGAGGCCACCAUGGUGCUUCCCCCGACGGACUACUACAGCAUCAGGAGCAAACCCUUGUCCACCGUAAGCGUCGCUACAAAUAACCACCAGCACUCCCCCACGCCCUCGGCAGCAUCCUCCACCUCCUCUGAUCAGAACUCGGCCGAACAGUCUAACGGCACCUCGAGACCUCCGCCUGCUUUCCUCGCCGGAGGAAAUCCAUUUGCAACAGUCAGGCUACGACCAACUGUGACUAACGAUCGCUCUGCGCCCGUCAUCUGAUCUCCAACAUUUCCAUCCAUCUCCGAGCUCAUCGUUUGACCUCUGCCCUUCUGGUCCAGGAGUUUCUCCUGGGUCAGGGCGGAAGGGCAAAAAGGCCAUUUGAAUCUGCUACAAACUGAUACGGUAAACUAAGUAUUUUAGUACCUGAACCGAUGUCUAUUUAUGAUAUAUAAAUUUUCUAUGGCUAUAUUUUAGUCGGUCUGUGUGUGUCGGUGAGAUUUAAAUGGACACAUCUUAACUUGCACUUGAGACAUGGAUGAAUUAAAAACUGCUCAACGAGAAUCUUGUGAUGUAUUUAUGCCGUUGAUGUUGCUUGUCUGACUGUUAGAAACCAUUCUGUGGUUAGAAAACAAUACUGUGGAGGACUACUACAUUUCAGGCUUUAAUCUAUAAACUGUUGAAAAUCACUAGACGUGUUUUGAGGAAAAAGAUUAUGUAAAAAUGUCCUAAAAGGCACAGAAGGAUUUGCUUUGGUCCUCUUGUACAUUUAACUGAUUCUCUUGUUAUCUAAUGCCUGUUGGGCCAUUUUCUUUUUUUUUUUGUAAUGUGGACACUUGUGCCUUAAUACUACAUACAUACUGUAAAGUAUCUUACCUGUACUUUAUCCCAUCUGUGCAUUUCUGAUACAAUCAGAUGGUAAAACUACAUGUAUGCUUUUCCAUCAUUCAUCACAUCCUUAUAAUUUGCUAUGUAACAAAUAAAGAUUUAUUUCUUCAGUUUGUUUUUAUUUACAAACGUUUUCUGAAGUACUCGUACUCGAGCGGUUUUAUAUUUAGUCACAGUACAUUUGUGUUUUAACAGAAAUGGUGCAGUUUACUAAUUGCGUGACUUCUGAAAGACUGGAUUGUAUAAGGGCCACAAAAUUUCUGUAUGCAAGCGAAACAGAAGUUUGUGGUUUAAGUGUGAAGUUAAAGGGGUUUGAAUAACAUUGCAAGAAAUGAAAAAUCCAAGACACAAAUAGCAUUACUUUUUAAUUACAGUAACUCAUAUAAAAAGUAAGAACUUCAAUCAUAAGAGCGUGCUUAGUGUGUUUUCUAACGCCAUUUCUCUUUUUUUCCCUCAUACCAGUAAUUUUAAUUUUAUUACUUAUUCCGACAUGAACACAUUUUCAGGAUCCUGCAGCGGAGGAAGACAUGGACAUUCUCAGCUGAUUGUCUGGCUGGGAGGAAAGUUGAUUUGUCAUAGAAAUAUGGAGUUGAAAAUUUGAGGAUAUAAGAUACUUCAGCCUUUACUCAAUCCUCUAGAGGUUAAAAGAGGAGCUUGCGCUUUAACAAAAACAGUCCUCAAAGUAAAUCCAAAGUCAAAACGAUGAGGUCGUAAAAGUCGAGGGCAUGUCAGAUUGUGUGUACCUGAGGUCUGCAUUGGCCCUGGAGAAGCUCAACCCAGCAGAAUCAUCAUUGGACAAACUGUCAGUGCAAAAUAUGGCCCCAAGAAAUGAUCUCAACAAAAAAAA